GCAUAUAAGUAUGUUCGAUAAAUUAGCAAAUAUUUUAAAGAUAAAGAAGGAAAAAAUGACAAUAUUAGUUAUAGGCCUUAAUGGUGGAGGAAAAUCAACCAUUAUAAAUCAUUUUAAGAGUUUAAACGAGCAAACUACUAUAACAGUUCCAACAGUAGGUUUCACAAUUGAACAGUUUCAGAAUCAAGGAGUACAUUUCACAAUCAUUGAUACAUCUGGGGCAAGGAGACAUAGGAAUUUAUGGGAACAUCAUUUUAAAAAUUGUCAGGGUAUUGUAUACGUGAUAGACUCCAGUGAUAAAAUGAGGAUGAUUGUUAUAAGAGAUGAAAUAAAUUUAUUUUUAAAUCAUCCACACUUGGAAAAUCGAAAAAUUCCAAUACUAUUAUUUGCUAAUAAACAAAACUCUGAAGAUGCAAUGUCAAGUUCCAAAAUUGCGACUGUGUUGGGUUUAAAUGAGAUUAAUAAUAAUCCAUGGUACAUUAGUUCAAGUGAAGCAAUUUCAGGGGUAGGGCUUGAAGAAGGAAUUCAAUGGCUAGCAGAACAAAUUCGUUUAUCAGUACAAAGCUCUAAGCAUUCCAAAUGAAAUAUAUGAAUAAUCAAAUUAUU